UUUCCUGCACGCGAAGGACAACCCGCCAAGGAGGAUGCUAGAGGGAUCGUGAGAGGAUUGACGAUUUUUUUGGGGAUUUUUUUUUUCGACGGAUACAACGACUUCGGGGAGAUCGCGGGAGUUAAUAUGAGCAUGACUCUCGUGCGAAACACGUUUAAAGGGUGCAGUGAGGACGAAACCAGCGCAGAAGUAGCUGAGGUGGGCGGUUGCGCGUCAGGUGGGGCGAGUACCGGUGAGGGUGGUUCAGCCAAACAGGACGAGCGUUGCCCACAGUGCGGCAUACUUUGCCGUAAUAUCCACGUUCUUCAGCUCCAUCUUGAGGACGCCCACAAAUCCUCAUUCGUUAUUGAUAAACACGACUUAGGUGCUCAAUUUUCCCAAGUUUCUUGCAAAGUCUGCAGUAAAACUUUUGCCAACGUUUACCGAUUACAAAGGCAUAUGAUUAGCCAUGAUGAGAGCGCUGUUUUGCGCAAAUUCAAGUGCCCGCACUGUGAGAAAGCGUUCAAAUUCAAGCAUCAUUUAAAGGAACACCUUCGAAUCCACAGUGGGGAGAAGCCCUUCCAAUGCAACAACUGUGGAAAACGUUUCUCCCACUCGGGCUCGUACUCCAGCCACAUGACAUCGAAAAAGUGCCUAAUAGUGAACCUCAAGAAAUCCCGGAGUCAGCCAGUGCACCCGGACCGCCCGAAGAAGUCGUCCCCGCAGCAGCCCCCACUCCCACGUGUCCGAGAGGACCUGCACCCCCAGAACAACAACACCUUCCUGCCAAUUCUCCCGAAGCUCUCGCCCUCUGACUACCAAGACCUCCAGAGGGACAACCCCAGCAUCUACGACAUGCCGACCCUCCUCCCCCAGAUGAUGGGGCUGGGGAACUACUUCCUCCAGUCGUCGAUAGGAAAACUCCUGAAUCAACUCCACCACAAACGUCUCGACGAGAUGACAGAGCAGUUUGAGUCGCACAGGGAGACCCAGAGCCCCUCGACAGGGGACUCUGAGGAGGCGGAGGUCGAGGACAAGUACUCACCGACUCCCAGUGAUCCUCAGGGGCUCGACGCCGUCCGAAGAAUUCUGGAGACUGUCAACACCUCUGUCACUAAGCAGUUGCUCGAGGCGAAUGUCAGGAAAUUGUCGACAUCACCGAAGCCCAUUAGGGAGGUGAUGGAUCACGAUCAGGACUCGGAGAUGUCGGGGGAGACCUCCAACUGGCAGGACUGGCAGUCUGGGGAUCAGUAUGACUCGCAGAGUGAAGGACUAGCUGCCAAACUUGAGGAUGCGAGUCAGUCGAGUGCUGGGAAGAGCAGACCUGGCAAGAGAAAGGCUGAAGACAUCCCUGAGAGCUCGAUCGAGGCUGAUUCUGAUGACGAGGACGAGGUGAGGGCACCUGGGGACAGUGGGAGGAGGGUCAGAGCCAGAUCCCUCAUCGACGAGGAGCAACUGGCUGUCCUCAAGGGCUACUACCAGAUCAAUCCACGUCCCAAGAAGGAGGAGAUCGUCAUGAUUGCGAAUUACAUAAAUUUCCCCACUCGAGUCGUUCAGGUCUGGUUUCAGAACUCGAGGGCUAGGGAUCGCAGGGAGUCCAGGAUUCCUGCCUUGCUUCCUUUAUCCAGCAUUGGCAAUCAUGCUGGCUUCGAACAGCCCUUGGAUCUCUCCAAGAAGGAGGCGGUCGUCGUGGAGAAGGAGAACGACGUCUUGAGGGGCACUGCUGUACCUGGGGACAAGGAGAGCAAUGGGGGGGUCUUGGGGAAUGGUGAGGAUGCUGAGGAGGCACCACUUGUUAUUGAUGAGGAGACUGUUGACUCGGGGGAUAUUAAGAAGGAGGCGUGUGCUGGCGCGGAGGUUAUUGUGAAGCAAAGUCCAUCCAGAGGUCAUGGAAAGACUGAGCGCGAGAGGCCAGCAUCGACAGAAGUACCAACAGUGACGGAGAAUGAGCAGGAGGGGGUUUAUGUUUGUGAUCAGUGCGACAAGACGUUCUCGAAGCACAGCUCAUUAGCCAGACACAAGUAUGAACAUUCCGGACAACGACCAUACAAAUGUGAAGAAUGUCCCCGGGCGUUCAAGCACAAGCACCACCUGACCGAGCACAAGCGUCUCCACACAGGCGAAAAGCCCUUCCAGUGCUCAAAGUGCCUAAAACGUUUCUCCCACUCUGGUUCAUACAGCCAGCACAUGAACCACCGUUACUCCUACUGCAAGCCCUACAGAGAAUAAAAAAGCCCCAUCUCCACCGUCGACCAAGUGCUCAGCCCCAGCUCCAAGUAAGUAUAACCCGCCAAAAGCCAUUCCCCUCGACGUCAAGUGAAGGGGGAAGGCAGAAUGCGCGAAAGAAAAACAAAAAUCAGGAUAUUAACGAGACAUCACAUACAACGAUAGCACCCGCACUCUUUUGAGUGCUCACUCGACCGUUCGAGUGAAGGAGAAAAAAAAAAACCAUUGAACAAUAAUUGAAAGGCCUCAAUACGAGUUAACAAAGAAAUAAAAUAAAACUAAAGCAAAAUAAGAUAUUAAAAUUUAUAACAAGAACACGUAACGGUACCAAAAAUACAUAAUGCAAUAAUCUAUUAUAUAAAGUAUAUAAUAUACAUAAUAUUUUAUUAUUUUUAUUAAAAAAAAAUUAUAUAUACCAUGACAAUAAGAUGAAAAAUGGAACUAAUUAAUGUACAAAUUUGUUAGCCACGUUCACUUUGGGAUGUGAGAUUAAUUAUUCAAGGAUUCAACAUCUGAUAAAUAAAUUUGCUUGUCAAUGGACUAAGAGUAAAGAUUAAUAACUAAUUAAGAGGCAGAGCUGAAUUGUCCAGUGGCUUCGGAGCUAGCUGAAAAAAAUAUAAUAAAUCAAACAGAACGAAUUCAGAUAACAAUAUUUCCAUGACAUUUAAUUGUUUAAUUGACACAUUCCUCACAGCAGACAAUUAAUUUCAUAAUUUAUUGUGAAAAAUUAUUGAACGCAAGACUAUCGAGCUUCAGCGAGCAUUUUCAGAUGAAAAACCAAAUGAUGAUUGCAUAAAACAUAAUUAAGGGCGUAAUUACUAUGAUUAAUUACUGAGAGGGGGGGAGGGGGAUUUGGUGAAAGGAUUUUGCGAGGUUUUAACUAGUUUAUUGCUGAUGAUUAAUCAUUUACGUACUUACGAGAGAUACUCGUUACAAUUCACUCAUUUCUCAUUCAUUAUUAAUUUUAAAGUACAUUCCGUGGAGUUUCUUUCGUGCAAUUUUAUUUUUUUAAUUCAAUUAGUUAUUAAUUAACUAAAUUUUAUGAAUUAUCUCGCAAUCAUUCACCGAUCUCCGUGAAAAUAAUGACGAUUGAAAGGCCAUUUGUAAUGUAUGAAAGGAGAAUUUAAGGUAUGAUAUUAAAUGCUUCCAUUUCUUGUACUAUUACAAAUUAUUGAUUGAAGAGCAAAGAGGAAUUUAUGUAAUUUAAUCAGUUCCUGGACGUUACAAGGGGGAGAGAUAACUAAAUAUAUUUAAUAUCGUCCAGUCCACGAUUGAUUAAAUCUACGAGUGAAGAUUAUUAUUACGAAUAAUACUCGAGAAUGUAUUUUAUAACAAUUUAUUCGUCUCUUUUUUCAUUUAAAAUGAACGAUGAAAUUAUUAUGAUAACGUACAGCAAGUGAUAAAUGAUUUUAUUAAACGACAUUGAACGAGUGCUGAAUUUAAUAUGAGGAUUAUUGAAUUGUCAUUGAUAAUUAGUAUUUAAUAGUGCUGAUAUAUUGUACUUCCUCAUUUCGUAGAAGCUUCGGUUAUCCGCGACAGGCAUCGUGUUCAUGUACGCUACCUAUAAUUAAUGAAAAAAUAAGCAACAUUUAUGAUGCUUGGAAUACUCUCUAUUAUAGUGUUAACACUUAAGAAAUAUAUUUUUAUAUAAUUAUAAUAUAAUAUUAUAUACCGGUAGUAGGCAGGAUUGGAUAAUGAGGUCGUCGUUGGAUAUUACAGCUGAAAAAUAAUGUUUUUUUCGUUCUGAGGAGCCGAAAAUUCUGGGAAUCACUCGCAUUUUCAAUCGGUGAUUUGUUUUAUGGAUUUUAAAUUCAUGACUUAAACGUUCGAUCAAUUGUAGUGAAUAACAAAUCCCUUGGUUUCAACAGUGAAAUUAUUAAAGACAAUAAUGCAGAAAAAUGAACUUUAAUUAAUUGAAAGAAGUGUUAAAUACGCGAAUGUUCAAGGAAGAUAAAAUAAUGAUGGAUAGAGGGAAAAUGAAAACAGAAUUUUUACGAAUUGUUGAAGCAACGAUAAAAGCACCAUACGAUGCCUUCCGUGAACGACCGAGCUUGCCUAGUUGCCAAGAAUAAAGGAAACGAUGCAAAUUUUAUAUGUAAUGAAACAGGAGUUAUCGUUGAGACAGUAUUUUUCAACGAAACUGUUGUACUCAAAUUUUUUGGACAUUACGCAUUAACUGUUGGUUACGCAAUUGAGCUUUCCAUGAUGAGUAAUUAAUAAGGAAAGAUUACCGCGGGAUAUAGAGUGAUUAAGAGGCGUCAGGAAUCGAUGAGAAGUGUCUGAAGUGGGAGGAAAAGAUUGAGUAAUGAAUUCUCAGUCGAAAAGAGGUUAAAAAAAUUUGAAAAUUGGCUCAAAAAAUUUGUUCACUUCUACAGAAACUGGAUUAAGCAAGUUGAGGGCGAUCUGAAGAGGAUAAAUCAUUUAAAAGAUGUUUGAAUAUCCCAGGUGAAGGUGCUGCCAUCUUGAAAGGCUCUUGGGACGACAAGAUGGCGGCGCCAACAGCUAUUAACAGCUUCGUAUUUAAGAGCUUCGUAUUUUCUGAAAUUAUUCAAUCAAUUCCUAGGGAAAAAACAUUGAGUUAUGAAUUCUCGGUUAAAAGGGGUUAAAAAAAUUUAAAAGAUGGCUCAAAAAAUUUGUUCACUCCUACAGAAACUGGAUUAAGCAAGUUGAGGGCGAUCUGAAGAGGAUAAAUAAUUUAAAAGAUGUUUGAAUAUCCGAGGUGAAGGUGCCGCCAUCUUGAAAGGCUCUUGGGACGACAAGAUGGCGGCGCCAACAGCUAUUAACAGCUUCGUAUUUAAGAGCUUCGUAUUUUCUGAAAUUAUUCAAUCAAUUCCUAGGGAAAAAACAUUGAGUUAUGAAUUCUCGGUUAAAAGGGGUUAAAAAAAUUUAAAAGAUGGCUCAAAAAAUUUGUUCACUCCUACAGAAACUGGAAUGGGCGAAUUGAGGACGAUUUGAAAAGGAUAAAUAAUUCAAGAGAUGUUUGAAAAUCCGAGGUGGAGGCGCCGCCAUCUUCAAAGUCCCUUGGGACAACAAGAUGGCGGCGCCAACAGCUUCGUAUUAAAGAAAAUUUCCUGCAAUUAUUUAUUCAAUUCUUAGAAGAAACACAUGGGAAUAAAAUGAGAAAAAAUCAAUACGAAUCAAAAAGAAAUACGAAUGAAAAUCGAAUGAGAAUUGGUGGCACAAUUUUCUCCCCUCAUUUCAGUAUUUCUUACGCCUGAGGCCUCUCAAGUCAUAUUUGUAUAUAAAAAAUACUGGGAAUACGACAGACAAUAAUCUACCGCUGUUUCACUCUAGAUUAAAUGAAAAAAACAUACUAGACUCGUAGAUUUUAACGAAGAACAUUAAGUAUACACGUAAAAAUAAAAAAACUGAGAGUAUAAAUAGAGAAUCGUAUAUAUUAUAUACAUGCGUUAAACGCAGAUUUGGGAGUUGAUACGAGACGAGUGGAAUUACGCUGGUUAUUGGAUGGAAUAAGGAUAUUUUUUCAUCUCCUCGUUCCAUUCGAUCAUUUCUGAACCGAAGAUAUGCAAUGAGCAAUGUAAACCAAAGCCAAAAGACAAAGUUGCGUUGAAAUAUAGAGUAAAAAAAUUGAAUAAUUUAAAUGAUAACGUAUUGUCGACAAUUGCUGUUGCAACAUUGAAUCCCCAGUGACUCGAAAUAUCGAAUAACAAUUGAGGAAAUAACGAAUAAUAAUAAUUGUAUUGUGACAACGUUCCAUCCAUAAUUAAAUAAUGAAAAAACCAGGAAAACGAGAAAAAAAAUAUUAUACAGUUGGGCCGACUAUUCCGCCAGUUCGUGCCUUUUUUCUGCAGGGAGAGUGUGGUCUUUUUCGAAUUCUGAUUCAGUGUAUUAGCCACUGUGUGAGUGAUUUAAUGCAGGAAUUUAAUAUUAAAAUGAAUUAAGGAAUGAAAAUUAUUAUAUAUGUGUAAUCUUAAUUCAAUGUGAGGCCAAUGAGUGAAUAAGGAUUUUUUCUCAGUUGCAUGGGGGGGGGGGGGAAGGAAAAAAUUCGAUUGAGUAUGAUUUUUCAUCGACCGGUGGAGAUGAAGAUAAUGAAUGACGUGAUGUGCAAGUAGUUUAUUAUUUUAAGACGAAAUGAUGAUGAUUCUGUUUAGAAUAAUAUUUUUCCAUAAAUUCAAAACGCGGCUGCAUGAUUAAUGAUAAAAAAAACAAAUGAUAAAUUUAACGGUGGGUCUGAUUGUCUGUAUAUUUUUCAUUCCAUUUGCAAAAUGUUUUCAACGCUCAUUAGGGCAUACCUCAAGAUUUUUGGGAAUGAGGAUAUUGUGGAUGAGUGCAUUAGCCGCAUAUUGUACAUUACAUUUAACAGAAUGCAUUUCUUUUUACUUUGACUUACGUUUUAUUUUAUGUUGCUCGUUUGUAAUUGUGUAAUUUACCUUCGUUGGGUUAAACGAUAUACCUUGGUAUAUUAUUAUAUUGAACAAAAUAUUGUCAUUCUGUCGAAUAAAGAUGAAUGAUUUAUAAA